AUGUCGGAGCUCGAGGCGACAUCACCGCCGCCGCAGCAGGCGCAGCCGGACCUGGGUCCGCGCAAGGACGGCGCGCCCGGCGCGACGAACAAGGCGCUGCACGACCAGCGCUACUACAAGGACCGCGUCUGCGAUGCGCCGCGGAAGCUCGCGACGGUCGCGCCGCCGAAGAAGAUCGGCGGCGCGCCGCGGCCGAAGAAGCGGCUCGACCCCAAGCUCGGCGACCUCGACUCGUACCGGGUCGUCGCGUGCGACGCGCCCGUGCGCCUCGACGCGGCGCCCGAGCCGCCGCCGCGCGGCGCGCCGCCGUCGCACGCCGUCUUCGACAAGCGCUACAGCGAGACCGUCGUCUGCGACGCGCCCAAGAAGCUCGGCAAGGACUACGGCCCCGCCGAGGGCUCGUUCCUCCGCGACCGGGGCUCGGAGGCCUUCCGCGCGGGCAAGCUCGACGACGCCGAGCUCGCCUACCUCGGCGCGCUGAAGAUCGACGAGGACGACGCCAAGGCGUCGGGCAACCUCGCGGCCGUCUACCUGAAGAAGAAGAACUGGGCCCAGGCCUUCACCUACGCCGCGGGCGCCGUGCGCACGGCGAAGCCCGGCGACCCCGUCGGCAAGUGGAACUACCGCGUCGCCCGGGCGCUCUUCGCGCUGCGCCAGUACGACAAGUGCGUCCUCAUCCUCGACCGCGCCGUCGCCUGCGCGGACUGCCGGGCCGACGCGAAGCUCCUCGCGGACUGCCUCGCGACGAAGAAGGCCGCCGUCGCCGCCCAGGAGCGGCGGCGCGACCAGGCGCUCGAGAAGGUGAUGUAA